AUGGGCAAGAUCACCGAGAUCGUAUCAGAAGACGUCUCCAAUGUUCCACACGCAGGCGGCAGCGCUGGCACCGGCGCGGCGGCGGACGACGACGACGAGGCAGAGAUGCUCACCUCGGCCCAGCGCGAACAGGUCCUCUUCCAGACGGGCGUGCUCGACAAGCUCGGCCUGCCAAAGGACUACAUCACGCUCCAAGAGGCGCAGAAACAGCUCGAAGAUCUCAAAAAGCGGCCGAGCGACGUAAAGACCGGCAGCGGCAGCGGCAGCAGCAGUGGCGGCAAGUCGACAUCACAGCCUCGGCAGAGGGCACCACCACGGCCACGGCAGGCCGGGGGUCCGGCAGCAGAGUGGACCGCUUCCACCGACGACGACGACGACGACGACGACGACGAGGACUACGACUCGCAAGACGACUACGGCCAGCCCUCGGAUGCUGAGUACGCCUCGGACGACGAUGCGGAAAAGCUGAUGCGCGACCAGGAGGCCAGGGGCAUGUCGCCCGCGCUCGAAUCCGCCCUCGACCUCGUCAUCUGGACCAUGCCCUUUGGCUUCGUCUACACCCUGCUCGACAUCCUCGUACGACAGCAGUACGCCGAGACCGUCGGCUUCUUUGACCAGAUGGCCAGGCUCGUCGGAUCCCUGCCGUUGCUGGCGCUCUUCAUCUGGUACAACCUGACAUCAAAGCGCAAGGUGCUACUCCAAGUCCUCCUCUUUCUCAUCUUCACCAUAUGCACGCCGGCGCUCAUCUACAUCGUCAACAAGUCACCCUACGACGUCGUGAUGCGCCGCGUGCCGCCGCUGGGGACGCUGUGCAUCUUUGCCGCCGUACGCCUCGAACUCCUGCCUACCUGCAUCGGUCUCGCCAUCGUGGCCGGGUACGUGCAGUACUAUGGCAUGAAGAUCGUCUUUGAUUGA